AUGAAUCUUAAUGGGUUAGGAGGCUCAAAUGUAACGGUGUUUUUCAAGUAUGAAAGGUUGCCUCAUAUUUGUUACCAUUGUGGACGGUUUGACCACAGGGAAAGAGAAUGUCAGCUAAGAUUGGAUUCAUCAAACUUAGUUAGGGAUGCGUCAAUGAAGUAUGGGGCUUGGUUGAGGGCUCCAUUGGGUGGAGGGUUGAAGAAUGUAGUAAGUUUGAACGCUAGUGUGAACAAACUGCCGGCGGUGGAGAAAAGUGAAAUUUCUCCGGCUAGCGAGCAAGAUUCACCGAAGAAGAUUUACCAAAAUGAGGCAGCGGUGAUCGAGCAGAGUUUCAUGGGUGUGACUGGCCCAAUCUCCAGAGAUGGAGGAAUAUCCAAUUCAAAGAAUAGUGUGACAAUUGAAGAUAGCAAGCUUAAGAAAGUUGAAGAUGCAAUGCCAGUCAUGGAAGAGUCGAGGGAUAUGAGAAGACUAUUGAGGAGGCUUGGAAUUGUGGUGAAUAUCUUUUAG